AACAACUUUAUAUGGCUCGUGUCUGACAACAUGCACCACCAGUGGCUGCUGCUAGCUGCAUGCUUUUGGGUGAUAUUCAUGUUCAUGGUUGCUAGCAAGUUUAUCACAUUGACUUUUAAAGACCCAGAUGGCUACAGCGCCAAGCAAGAGCCAUUGAUACUGACAGCUGUGACAAAAGUGGAGGAGGUGCAUGUGCCAGAGCGAAAACAUUGGCCUGAAGUAUUCCAGCCAACUGGAAGAGCCUUUUCUGGAAAUCUGAUCCGCCAGCCCCUUCUUCAUAUGGAAAGACUUGAGCUUCUCAGGAAUGUCUGCAGAGACACUGCACUGAGAAAUCUUUCUCACACUGCAAUUUCCAAAUUCGUCUUGGACCGAAUAUUUGUGUGUGACAAGCACAAGAUCCUGUUUUGUCAGACGCCAAAAGUGGGCAACACUCAGUGGAAAAAAGUCUUGAUCGUUUUAAAUGGAGCAUUUUCUUCCAUAGAAGAGAUCCCAGAAAAUAUUGUGCAUGAUCAUGAGAAGAAUGGCCUUCCACGCUUGUCCUCCUUCAGUGACUCUGAAAUUAAAAAGCGACUGAAUUUAUACUUCAAGUUUUUUAUUGUUAGAGAUCCAUUUGAAAGACUUAUUUCUGCAUUUAAAGACAAGUUUGUGCACAAUCCUCGGUUUGAACCUUGGUACCGGCAUGAAAUUGCUCCUGGCAUCAUUCGUAAAUAUAGAAAGAAUCGCACAGAGACCAAAGGGCUACAGUUCGAGGAUUUUGUGCGCUAUCUGGGUGACCCUAACCACCGAUGGCUGGAUGUUCAGUUUGGUGACCACAUCAUUCAUUGGGUAACGUAUGUGGAACUUUGUGCCCCCUGUGAAAUCACGUAUAGUGUGAUCGGACACCAUGAAACUCUGGAGGACGAUGCUCCGUAUAUCUUGAAAGCAGCCGGCAUAGACCAUCUGGUAUCAUACCCCACGAUUCCACCAGGCAUUACAGUGUACAACAGAACAAAAGUAGAGCGGUAUUUUUCAGGAAUUAGCAAGAGAGACAUAAGACGCCUCUAUGCGCGCUUUGAAGGCGAUUUUAAACUCUUUGGUUAUCGGGAGCCAGAUUUCUUGCUUAACUGACACCUAGGAUAAGCUCUGAAGAAGUGUCUCGUGGAUUAACCUAAACCUGCGUAAAUACCAGCUGCAACACUGAGGGAGCUGGGAAUGACCAUUUGUUUUCUAGCUUUUUGAUGUUGCUCCAUUUUUCAGUGAAAUAUUUGUCAUAUGAACAAGCAGGGGCUUAUAGUUGUUGUUUACUGGCCAUGUUUUCACUAUGUGACAUUGCAAUCUGUUAGGAGUGAAGUCUCUGUUACCUGAAAUACAGAAUUCCACUUCUCCCCUCUUCACUCCAGGAAAAAAGAGGGACAACGAAUGGGCUAUGAUCUUCCUCUCCCAGACAGAAUGCCAUUUUUAAGAUAUUAGGAAGUAUUUAUAAAGAUGGCAAUUUCACUGUAGGUUAAUUCUGAUACGUGGGUGAACUUGAUGAUUCAUGCUCAUGAGGAGGGCAUGUAGUCUUCUCCCAUGAGCUUUGAAAAUGAGAGGCCAGUACAGGACUAAAAAUUGAUUCAAUGCUUGACAAGUAAAAUCAUCUAGGUUCUGUCAUAUGGCUGCUACAGUAACAAUAAUGCUGAUCUAAUCCCAUUUUUGUUUGUCACAAAUCUAAUUAGACGGAAGCUUUAGAGGUGUUAAAAAAGAGACUGGUUCCAGAGCCCAGUUGUCUUUGUAUUUUUGUCAAGUGUUUGCUGUACUUACUACCGGUCUAUUAAGCCUCAUAAUUCUACUUUUGGUUUUCAAAAUAUUAUUUAACUCCUGGCUAUGUAAGUUACCUGAGAACACCAAGUGCAAAUGGAGCAUAGAGGAAAUAUGAAACUGCUAGGGAAACUUUAAGGAAAAUUAAUUUAAAGUAAAGUAUUAAUUGUAUUUGCGAAAGCACAUUUAGAGAUGCUCUCUAAAUAUUACACAAUUUAAUUUUGUCUUCUAACGGUUAAGAUUAAUAUAAAGAAGCCACAAAAGCAGGAUGUCAUAU